AUGGCAGAUCAAUUAAGUGAGGAGCAGAUUGCUGAAUUUAAAGAGGCUUUUUCCCUUUUCGACAAAGAUGGAGAUGGAAGCAUAACCACGAAGGAACUUGGGACAAUUAUGAGAUCUCUAGGCCAAAACCCAACGGAAGCAGAAUUACAGGACAUGAUAAACGAAAUUGAUACAAACUCAAGUGGUGCCAUUGAUUUUCCCGAGUUUCUAAUCUUGAUGGCUCGUAAGAUGAAGGAAUGUGAUACUGAAGAAGAACUGAUUCAGGCCUUUAAGGUCUUCGAUCGUGAUGGAAACGGCUUCAUCAGCGCUCAGGAACUCAGACACGUAAUGACAAACUUGGGUGAAAGAUUAACAGAUGAAGAAGUCGACGAGAUGCUGAGAGAAGCAGAUGUAGACGGAGAUGGAAAAAUCAAUUAUGAAGAAUUCGUAAAACUUAUGGUUUCAAAGUGA